GCUAGCGCCGCCAUGGCCGCCUCCGCCUCCUGCCGGAGCCCGCUCGUCUGGUUCUUCUCCCUCGCCGCCGCGCUCUUCUUCGCCUCCUGGUACCUCCUCCUCGACUCCGCUGCCGCGCCCGCCACCCACCGCCAGGGGGGGCUCCGCUCCCCCACCCCCGCCACCAAAUGCGACCCAGACAAGGCCCUCCUCCGGGUCUACAUGUACGACCUGCCCCCCGAGUUCCACUUCGGCCUGCUCGACUGGAACCCCGCCACCACCACCACCACCGCCCCGUGGCCCGACCUCCUCACGCCCCACGACGUUCCCAACUACCCCGGCGGGCUCAACCUGCAGCACAGCAUCGAGUACUGGCUCACGCUCGACCUGCUCGCGUCCGAGCAGGGCGCGCCCACGCCGUGCACCGCCGCGCGGGUGCGCGACCCGGCCACCGCCGACGUCGUCUUCGUGCCCUUCUUCGCCUCCCUCAGCUUCAACCGCCACUCCAAGGCCCGGGCCACCGAGGACCGCGCGCUGCAGCGGAGGCUCCUCGACUUCCUCGCCGCGCGCCCCGAGUGGCGCAGGUCCGGCGGGAGGGACCACGUCGUGCUCGCGCACCACCCCAACGGGAUGCUCCACGCGCGCUACAGGCUCUGGCCCUGCGUCUUCGUCCUAUGCGACUUCGGGAGGUACCCGCACAGCGUCGCCAACGUCGACAAGGACGUCGUCGCGCCUUACCUGCACAUGGUCGACAACUUCUUCAAUGACACCGCCGGAUACAACGAACGACCGACGCUGCUCUACUUCCAAGGCGCCAUUUACAGGAAAGAUGGUGGUUUCAUCCGGCAGGAACUGUAUUAUCUUCUCAAAGAUGAGAAAGAUGUGCAUUUCUCAUUUGGGAGUGUGGCCGGAAAUGGGAUUGAGCAAUCGACGCGGGGGAUGCGGGCGUCCAAAUUCUGCCUCAACAUUGCAGGGGACACACCGUCCUCCAACCGCCUGUUCGAUUCCAUAGUCAGCCACUGUGUGCCCGUCAUCAUCAGCGACGAGAUUGAGCUCCCGUUUGAAGAUGUCCUUGACUACUCCAAGUUCUGCAUCAUAGUGCGUGGCGCAGAUGCAGUCAAGAAGGACUUUCUGAUUAACCUGAUUAAAGGAAUAAGUCAAGAGGAGUGGACAAGCAUGUGGAACAAACUGAAGGAGGUCGAACGACACUUUGAAUACCAGUACCCGUCUCAGCACGACGAUGCUGUCCAGAUGAUCUGGAAGACCAUAGCUCGAAAGGUUCCCUCAAUUCGGCUGAAGAUUAACAGAUUAAGAAGAUUUUCUCGAUUUGAAGCUAACAAAACAAAUGAGUCCCCAGCAAGAUCUUCAUGGCUACAAAGCCAAGCUCGUUGAUUUUAGAGCAACAAACUUCUCCCAGCAGGUAGUUAUGGUAAUGAAGGCUGAGACUGAACCACAAGACGGGAGCAACAGCUACAAGGGAUAAAUGGAGUAAAGUACAGCUGAUACUGUUUAUGACCAUCACAAUAUUAUAGAUCCGAGGGCCUUCAUUUUGUUCUCCGCUUUUCUGCGGAAAUGUGAUCAACUGUCUAGAUUAGGGUUAGGAACAAUAACAUUUUGUAUCAGAUUAGGAGCAGUGGCGUGAUCUACUGAUCACUUCCACUGAAGUCUUAUACUUUACAGGUAACUCAGCAUUCU